CUUCUUCCCUCACGUGUUGGGCACUUUUCACUCCUCUGAGCUCUUACGUGCUCUUCCCGAAGGCUGUAAUGCCUUUUCCUCGCCUAUUGCCUUGUUCUCCUGGAGAACUUAUCAGUCUCUGGUAGUCCCCUUCACCCGGGCUCCUUGGAUGAUGGCACGCUGAGAAGCAUCCCAUGGCAUCCCAUGACAAAGAUGUGGGGCCCUUGCUGCCCAAUCCCUGGGACGCCAUCCUUGAGCAGCUCCCAUCUCUGGACUCAGAUUCCUCCUUGUCAGACUGCGAGGAAGAGGAGCUGUUCAUCUUCCAGCGAAAUCAAACCGCCCUGAUCCCAGAUUUGUCAGAGGAACUGGCCGAAGACCCUGAUGGGGCCUGUGUCACUUCCUCUUGGUCUCCUCCUGAGCUGGCUGCGGUGCCUGUGGAAUCUGCCACAGAACCCUGGGGGGAGUGGAACGCAUGGCCCCGGCCCCAGGAGUCGCCCUCUCUGGAAGCAAGGGCCCCUGGAAGGCCUUGGCAAAGCUGUGGCAAGAGCAGCUCUCUUCUCAGGAUGCCUGCGGAGACCCCCAUGUGGCAGGAUGACAAUGGGGGUACGGCCUUCAACACCAGCACAUCACAGAGUCCUCGCCAGGGGCCACAGGGAGAGGCCACCCUCCCCACUCAGGAAGCAGGCCUGCAGACAGAGCCCCCAGGCCCUGCCUCACAGGCCUGGGAGGGCUCAGACUCUGCAGACCGCAGAGCCCUCCGGAGGGAGAGAAGGAAGAUGAUUGAGAAAGACAUACUCCACAAAGUCACCUGGGAUGCCCGGGACCCAGCCUGUCAUGAUUGGAACCAAGUGAAGAAGAAGCCCUUUGAUGCUUCGGAAAUGCCACUGGAGGGGCCCCCAGGGGGACUGCCCGUGCUCUCCCUCCAGCAACUUGAAGAGUGGGAUUUGGAUCAAGUCCUUCAGAGUCUGACAGGGCGAGAAGAGGACCGGGGAGAUGGUGCUCCUGCAGCCAUGUGGCGGGCAGCGGACCACCUCCAGGGCCAAGACCACACUGAGCCAAGCACCCAGGACAGGCUCAUGGAGCGACUCACCCUCCUGUGUGCCACGCAGUCCAGAGCCUCUUCCUCUACCUGGAGGGUGCCUUCUGACGUGCCCCAGGACACCAAGCCGCGGGAGGCCAGAAGCAGAUGCGCUUCCAGGGAGCUGGGCUUCCAGGCACUGGCUGAGGACACGCGGCUGAGGAGUCCAACGGAGCCUCCCACAGUCUUCAUUGACCUGCGGCCAACAAAGCCAUCAGACCAGGGGCUCUCGGAAAGCUCCAGCUCCAGCUCCUCUGACAGCGAGGAGGAGGGGGAAGAGGAGACAGCAGCUCAGAGAGACCAGCAGGGCCCAGCCAGGCUAUGGGACUGCACGGGGAAGAGUCGGCUCCUCCAGCAGCUCUGGGCGUUUCGGAAGGCAUCAGCUCAGCCCGAGCUGCCUGCCGGCACGGGUCCCAGCAUCCAGAAGGCUCAGGCCCUUGGAGAUACAGCCGGAGCAGCCCUGGGGGGGAAGCAACAUGUAACACUCUGGGUUGAGAGGCAGAGCACCCAGGCCAGACGCCCACGAGGAAGUCCCAGGGCCCUGGGGGACCCUCUUGGGCCAGGGACAGCCACAGAGGUCCUGGUGCCUCCUCUGGGCCAACGGUAGAUGCCUCCGGUAACAUAUCUGAGAAGGUGAGUGGAUCAUCUGACUUUCCACUGACACCCGAGGCCCUGGUGGUCCCCUCACUCUCCCAUUUCCAUCAGAAUGUGCCUUUGCAGCACAGGGACCCUCCAACUGAGGGUCUGCCGCCAGCCCGCUGCUAGAUUUAGUCAGAACAUCUUCACACACAGAGAGUAAAGAUGCCAGUGCAAACCUGUACAUUCAGCAUGACAAAUUAAAUGGCUGCAAGUCCUCUGAAAAGGGACCAGAAGGAAACACCAUGAAGACAACGGUUUUGUUCUGAUAAUGGGACUACAAGGCUUUUUCACCUUUUUCCAUUUUUGCAUUUUCUUCUCUUUAAUGUGCAUGUAUUAUUUCCAUCAUACAAGUUUUUUCACUUUGUUUUAACUAUAAAACUGAAGUAAAGUAAAACUUCUUUAGAGAAUUUCAGGGUUGAAAAGGUCUUGAAAAAUUUAGCUUGAUUUUCUGGGUCCUGGAUGUUUUUUGCUCUUUUGUGUUCCUAAAU